GUAUACUAAGAGUAGCAGUGUCGCAAAUUCAAAUCACACCGACUCUCAUUUAAAUUUUUUCUUUACCCAUACGUAAAUUACUAUAGGGGUUGAAUAAUCAUUUUUCAAAUUUUAGAAGUGACUCACUAUCACUUAAAUAUUUUUUUUUUUUACUCUUACGCAAACUACUUAUCAAAGGGUGGAAUGUUGAGGACUUUUUCCAGAAAUACUAUUAAAAAUAAAAAAAAUCCAAAAAUACCAUCCAUUUUCGAAAUUUUUAAAAAAUAAAACCAAGCGAUUUUCGAAAAAUGGUGGUAUUUUUUUUAAAAUGUCAAAAAUUGGUGAUAUUUUUAAAAUUUUGUCCUUUUUAGUGAUACUUCUGGUAAAAAAACCGAAUGUUGACAUUAUAAUAUAGGAGGCUCAAAAUUUCAGAGCUUUCGGCUGUCCCCGAUCUUAUCUGUAGGUCCCUCGUGCGGAACAUGUGCAUCAUUUAUUCUUUCUAGUUCCCAGAAUAAUUGAUGGAUAAACAGCAAGAAACUUUGGACUUGUGAACGAACCCAAACCAUGAGGCGAUCAUCAUUUCCUCUUCUUCUUCACCUCUUCUUACUAAGCUGCUGCUUCCCAUGGCUUCCCUUGUCCGCCUCACAAUCAGCAGUAGAAUACCUUCCAGGCUUUGAUGGACCCCUGCCUUUCUAUUUCGAAACUGGGUAUGUGGGCGUGGGAGAAUCGGAGGACGUGCAGCUGUUCUACUACUUUGUCAAGUCGCAGGGGAAACCUGAAACGGACCCUCUUCUGCUUUGGCUCACCGGCGGCCCCGGCUGCUCUGCCUUGUCUGGCCUCUUCCAUGAAAUCGGUCCAAUCCAUUUCAAGCUGGAGGAAUACAAUGGGAAACUGCCUUCGUUGAUCCUUAAUCCCGACGCAUGGACACAGGUGGCAAGUAUCAUUUUCGUGGAUCUUCCUGUUUUGACGGGAUUCUCCUAUGCAAGAACAGAGGCUGCCGCUCUAUCCAGUGACAACUUAGAAAUUGAUCAAGCUGUGGAAUUUCUUAGGAAGUGGCUAAAAGAGCAUGGAGAGUUCAAAUCGAAUCCAGUUUACAUCGGUGGGGACUCCUACGCUGGCAUUCCUGUCCCAGGCAUAGCUCUUCGAAUCUCCGAUGAGAAUGAACAAGGAAUCGAACCAGCGAUCAAUCUCGAGGGUUAUUUGGUUGGUAACGGCCGUGCUAAUGCGACCAUCGAAGAUAAUUCCAAGAUCAAAUUCGCUCAUGGAAUGGCUCUCAUUUCGGAUGAGCUUUACGAGUCGUUGAGAAGAAGUUGCGGUGGAGAAUACUACAACGUAGAUCCUGGCAACUCCGAGUGCCUCAAACAUGUUCGAGAAUUUGAAAAGUGUACAUCAGGACUCGAAUCAGCGCAAAUUUUGUUACCCAAGUGCACUUAUGCUUCACCAAAGCCACCAAGAAGAUCAAUGUCUCUUGAAGAGUUGUUGGAAUUGGAGGCAGAGUCACUUCCUAGACUUGGCUGUCCUACUUUUGCAUACCUGUUGUCCAAGUACUGGGCCAAUGAUGAAUCCGUCCAGAGUGCUCUCCACGUUAGAAAGGGAACAAUAGGGACGUGGGAGAGAUGCAGUUCAAGGUUGCAUUAUACGACUGAUGUCGCUAGCAGUACCGAGUUCCAUCUGCAACUCUCAAGAAAGGGUUAUCGCUCCCUAAUCUACAGUGGGGAUCAUGACAUGUUGGUACCCUACGUCGGAACCCUGGAGUGGAUCCGAAGUCUGAAUUUCAGGAUAGUCGAGGAAUGGAGACCGUGGUUGCUUAACAACCAGGUUGCUGGAUACACAAGGACUUACUCUGAUCCAAGAUACUACAAUCUCAUGACGUUUGCAACUGUCAAGGGUGCAGGACACACGGCUCCCGAAUACAAGCCCCCCGAAUGUUUUGCAAUGUUCAAAAGAUGGAUUACAGGCAAACCACUCUAAUUGAUCGAGUCUCGAUUCAUGGCUAAGAGCUACGCUAUUUCACUUUCCUUCUCAUGUCAAGUACCCAUUUCAACCAAUGAUUUGGUUAACUGGUUUUGGUUUGGUGUACAUGCUUAAUUGUAAUAAACAAUGAACCAACCUUGAUUAGCAAGGAUGACAAUGAGGAAUAAUGCCAUUAUCCGCGAUUAUGAAAGGAUAUGAAAGAAUGCAGAGUUCCAAAGGUGACAUUGAGUGGAUUAAUUCAUCUUUGAUAGUUAUAGUUUGUGUUGAUUUGGUCAAUCUUGGUUGCUCUAUUUUGAAUUCACCUACCAGAAUGCUAAAAGAAAAACAGCAGCAGUAUACAAAUAUAUGCUCAUGAAAAGA